AUGGACCUGUUUCUGGGCAAAGUUCUGGUGAAGAACAACCGGGACCGUGACGAGCUGGACACGGAACGUGAGAUCACCAUGAAGCUGCAGAACCGGAUCCUCAUGCUGUUCUUCGGCUCGUGGGACUGCGAGCGCUGCCAGGAGUUCGUCCCGACACUCAAGGACUUCUACAAGCGCCUGAUGGACGAGUUCUACGUGGAGCGGGCGUCGCAGCUCGUGCUGAUCUACGUGUCGCUGGACGACUCCGAGGUCCUGCAGGACAUGCUGCUGAAGAAGCUGCCCAAAUGGUGCCUGUUCCUGCAGCACGACGACCCCUAUAAGAGGGAGCUGGGUGUGAAGUUCGAGGUGCACGAGACUCCCACGGUGGUGGUGCUUCGUCCGAACGGUUCCAUUCUGCUGCCGAACGCCGUCCCGGAGAUCCGCGAGCUCGGGCCCGACUGCUUCCGCCACUGGCAAGAGGCGGCGGAGGUCAUCGACCGCAACUUCGAGAUGCACGUGGAGUUCGACGACAAGAAGAUGCGCAGCAUCACCGACCCCAUCCGCAAGCUCAAGUACAAGGUGGAGAAGAAGAAGAAGCGCCGGUGGUUCCUGGGCGGAUGGGGAGGCCGUGAUGAAGACGAGGACGAGGAAGAGCAGAAUGGGGACUUAUGUAACAGUGGAGAUUUCAAAGGGCCCUGGGACUAA